GUUGACCAGUAUCUCUACCACAUGCGUCUUUCUGAUGAGAACCUUCUGGAGAUCUCUAAGCGGUUCCGCAAGGAGAUGGAGAAAGGGCUUGGAGCCACCACCCACCCCACUGCUUCAGUGAAAAUGCUGCCCACCUUUGUGAGGUCUACUCCGGAGGGGACAGAACAUGGGGAGUUCCUGGCUCUGGACCUCGGAGGGACAAACUUCCGUGUGCUUCGGGUAAGAGUAACAGACAAUGGGCUCCAGAAGGUCGAGAUGGAGAACCAGAUCUAUGCCAUCCCCGAGGACCUCAUGAGAGGCAGCGGCACCCAGCUGUUUGACCACAUUGCAGAAUGCCUGGCUAACUUCAUGGAUAAGCUACAAAUCAAAGACAAGAAGCUCCCCUUGGGUUUUACUUUCUCAUUCCCCUGCGUCCAAACAAAACUAGAUGAGAGUUUCCUGGUCUCCUGGACCAAGGGGUUCAAGUCCAGUGGUGUGGAAGGGAAAGACGUGGUUACUCUGAUCCGGAAGGCCAUCCAGAGGAGAGGGGACUUUGAUAUUGAUAUCGUGGCCGUGGUGAACGACACAGUUGGGACCAUGAUGACCUGUGGUUAUGAUGACCAGAAUUGCGAGAUUGGUCUCAUUGUAGGCACGGGCAGCAACGCCUGCUACAUGGAAGAGAUGCGCCACAUUGACAUGGUGGAGGGCGACGAGGGGCGGAUGUGUAUCAACAUGGAGUGGGGGGCCUUCGGGGACGAUGGCAUACUCGAUGACUUCCGCACUGAGUUUGAUCAGGAGAUCGACAUGGGCUCCCUGAACCCUGGGAAACAACUAUUCGAGAAGAUGAUCAGUGGGAUGUACAUGGGAGAACUGGUGAGGCUUAUCCUGGUGAAGAUGGCCAAGGAAGAGCUGCUUUUCGGGGGGAAGCUCAGCCCAGGGCUCCUUGCCACUGGCCAGUUUGAGACCAAAGAUGUUUCAGAUAUCGAAGGGGAGAAGGACGGCACCUGGAAGGCCCGUGAGGUGCUGGUACGGCUGGGCAUAGACCCGACACAGGAGGACUGCGUGGCCACUCACCGGAUCUGCCAGAUCGUGUCUACGCGCUCAGCCAGCCUGUGUGCGGCCACCCUGGCGGCCGUGCUGCGGCGCAUCAAGGAGAACAAGGGCGAGGAGCGGCUGCGCUCCACCAUUGGGGUGGACGGCUCUGUCUACAAGAAGCACCCACACUUUGCCAAGCGUCUUCACAAGACGGUGCGGCGCCUGGUGCCCGACUGUGACGUCCGCUUCCUGCGUUCUGAGGAUGGCAGCGGCAAGGGGGCAGCCAUGGUGACGGCGGUGGCCUACCGGCUGGCUGACCAACACCGAGCCCGCCAGAAUACCCUGGAGUCUCUGAAGCUGAGCCGCGAGCAGCUGCUGGAGGUCAAGAGGAGGAUGAACGUAGAGAUGGAGCGAGGUCUGAGCAAGGAGACUCACGCCAUUGCCCCCGUCAAGAUGCUGCCCACCUACGUGUGUGCCACGCCUGAUGGCACAGGUAGGCGACAGGGCUGCCACUCAGCCACCGCGGUGGGCCUUUGUCCUGGUGUCGAUGUCCCGGCAGGACUCCCUCCGCCUUAGCAUUGGGUAUUGGGACCAGUACUAGAAAAUGCUAGCGUUCAAGAAGUUCAACCCAGCCAUUCCUCUGCUA